AUGGCGACUGAUACACCUAUAUUUAGACAAGGAAAAUGGAGCCCUGAAGAAGAUAAAGCUCUAAAAACUGCAGUAGAGUAUUAUGGAGAAGAAAAUUGAAACGUUAUAGCUAAUGAGGUAGAACAAAGAAACGCGAAACAGUGCCGUGACAGAUAUAUGACAUUGAAGGCAGGGCCAAAAAAAGGACCAUGGCAGCCUCAUGAAACUGCAAAACUUUUAGAAUGGGUUAAGUAUGAAGGCCCAACUGAGUGGCAAAGCUGCGCUUUGCAAAUUCCUGGUCGCAGUGCCAGACAAUGCUUCGAUCGAUGACGGAAAACACUGAAACCAGGCAUGAGCCAACGUGUCUGGACUUCUGAAGAAAACUAUAUCCUUUUUGAAAUGCACAAAAGGUACGGUCCACAAUGAUCUUUAAUUGCCAAAUCUCUCAAAGAACGAACAGCUGGUUCUGUUAGAAAGCACUUUUUCAAAAUAACAAAGACACUGGAGAAUUAUUACACAGCUCCCAAAAGGAAACUUUCUAAAGAAUCUAUUGUGCCUAAAACACCUCAUCCGAAGAAGUAUAAUAAAAACAAUUUUAUUUCCAAAGAAAAUACAUCAACUGAAGAAGACAAAGCAAAAAGUAAGGUUACUGAAUGAUUUAAGGCUUUUGUCUAA